GUUCGUCUGUUAUGGUGUGCUUGUGCUGUCUUGUGUGGUUUUAGAAAUUUCGUAACGUUCUCCAGCAAAAAUGUGAGUAAUUUUUUAUUUCGUUAUACUUAUUUACAUACUACAUACUACAACAUACAAUAAAUUUCUUAACUUCAGACUCAAGUCUAACUAUGCCUAAGAAGUUUUCAACUACAUAUUAUAGAAAGCUCAAAACUCAUAAGGAAAUGAGUAGGGUGGUAUUUUCUGUUGACUCUGAUACCAAUAAUACCACUAGUGCGACUACACCACCCCAUUCAUCCCAUUUCAUCACUACCAGUGAUCAUGAUUCGAAUACUGAACAUAUGGAAAUUGAGAUGGAAUCUGUAACUAGCUCAAAUGCUGAAAUGCAUGUUGAUACAGGGGAAUCACAUAACCAUGUGACUGCAUCAGAUAAUUCUGAAAAUAUUGUUGGACGAAUUCAUCAAGCAAAGGAUGUAGAUGAACUUACAACCAUGAACAAUGAAAUCACAAACAUUGAAGGUGUUUCGGGUGUAACUAGUAAUGACUUCAAAACCAAUUUGAUAUCAUGGGCUAUUCAAUAUCACAUAGAGCAUGCUGCCCUUAACAGUUUGUUGAAAUUGGUGAAAAAUGCUAAAAUUGAUCCAAGUAAUAUUCCAUCUGAUUCUCGCACAUUGUUAAAAACUCCAAGACAAAUUGAAUACCAUUCAGUUGCACCUGGAACAUACUCACAUAUUGGUCUGUACAAAGCUAUAGAAUAUUUAUUAAGAGGUAGAACACCACCAGAAAAAAUUGAUAUUCUGGUAAACAUAGAUGGACUACCUCUAAGUAAAAGUUCAGGCAGUCAGAUAUGGCCAAUCCUUUGUUCCAUACAUAAUAUGCCAUUUGGAGUAGCUUUGAUAGGGGUUUAUCAUGGUUAUAAAAAACCUGCCAAUUCAAAUGAGUUUUUAGAAGAUUUUGUAAUUGAUGCAAUGGAUCUAACUGAUAAUGGUUUCAAUUUGAAUGGGAAUAUAAUUCCUUUCAAAAUUAUUGGUCUUAUUUGUGAUGCACCUGCAAAAUCUUUUGUUUUGAAUACAGUUGGACAUGCAGGGUAUUUUUCAUGCACAAAAUGUAUUCAAAAGGGUGAAUAUUUGAAAGGCCGAACAUGUUUUCCACAAACAAAAUGUAGGAAAAGAACUAAUUCCAGUUUUCGCUUGAAAUUACAAAAGGAGCAUCAUGUUGGAACUUCGAUUUUAGAAAAUAUCCCAGAAUUUGAUAUGGUUUCUAAUGUUCCUGUUGAAUAUAUGCAUUUAAUGUGUCUGGGUGUUAUGAAGAAACUUCUUGUGAAUAUGUGGGUUUAUGGAAGACCUCCCAAUAAAUUUCGUCCUGUAGUCAUAGAAACAAUCAAUAAUAGAUUAGACUCAAUAAAAAAUCAUAUACCAAUAGAAUUCGCUAGAAAACCCAGAUCUCUUGAAGAAGUAAAAAGGUGGAAAGCCACAGAGUUUAGAUUUUUUUUGUUGUAUUCAGGUUCCUUCAUUCUGAAUGGAUUAAUUGAUGAAAAACAUUUUUUAAAUUUCUUAAGUUUACAUAUUUCAGCAAGAAUAUUUUCUAAUAAUUCUCCUGACAAUUUAUUUGAAUUUGCAACCUCUCUUCUUGAAUAUUUUGUGAAAUCGUUUGAAAAAUUAUAUGGAAGAGAAUUUUUAUCACAUAAUGUUCACAACUUGCUUCAUGUAUCAGAUGAUAUUAAGACAUUUGGACCUCUACAUUGUUACAGUGCAUUCCCCUUUGAAAACAUGUUGGGCUCUUUGAAAAAACUGUUAAGAAAACAUGAAAAACCAAUUUCUCAAAUAUUAAAGAGGAUGAAGGAAAUUGAAAAUAAUUAUUGCCCUUCUAAUUCUGUAUGUCCUGACCUGCUAUGUCAAGUUCCUCAUGAUUCAGGCCCAACGCCAGAUGCUGUAGGGUGGUUGCAGUAUAAAUCAAUAAUUUUUAGAGAGUUCAAAUUAGAUGUAAACAAUGUUGCUGACUCAUUUUGCCUUCUGACUAAUAAUACAAUAGUUAGAGUCUACAAUAUACUUGGAAGAAACUCUAAAAUAGGCAUUUAUGGGAAGCGAUUUUGUAAAAUUGAGAAUUUCUUUGAAAGUCCAUGUAAUUCCUCUGAUUUAGAUAUAUAUGUUGUGAGUAAUUUAGACAAUGAUUUGUCACUGUAUAAUAUAGAAAACAUUGUCUCAAAAUUGGUGGCAUUUCCAUUGACUGAUAAAUUUGUUGUUUACCCUCUGUUGCAUGAAUGUGAUCAGGCCAUAACUCUUUAG